AUGGGAUGGGCCAAACGCAGGAUCAUACUCCUGUUCGGUUACGAAGCCACCUUUCCACGUCGCCACGGUGCCGGGAGGAGACCCGACACGGCUGCCGAGUCGUUGUCCACGUCGGAGAUGGGGGCCAGUGGGGGCCUGCGCGCCUAAUAAGCGGCUAGUCCGCGGCAGCUCGCGACAGAGGGUCUCUCCCUCUUUCACCCUCGGGCGGUCGUCUCGCGCAUUGCCUCGCUCUUUCCCCGCCGCAUGCGGUCGUAGCAUUGAUACAAACGCUUCGACCUUCGACAAUUGGCAGUAGCGUUAGGUCCGAAUCGAUCAGCUUGGAACGUGGUUCGGAUUCGGGGAGUCGAGCACCGCUUUGGAGGGCGCUCAGGUCGACUAGUCGAGGAGGAACUGCCAACACAUGGGCUUCCUGUGUCGAUGAUUCCCCACCUCGGAGCUUCAACCCGACGGGCACCGCACGGCCCAGUCAUCACAGAGGCUCGGACGCGACGUCGACUACCAUCGUAUCCAACGUCCACAGGCCGACAUGGGUCGAAAGACUACCGCCCGAGCUCGCACAUUUCCUAGGUCACAGACCUCCUACCAGGCGAGUUCGACCGGGAUCUUCCUCGGAUGCCAGAUCGGACAAGUUCUGACGCCGCGAUCCCCGCUCGUCCCUUCCCAUAAUAUUAGGCCCCUCUCCUCUCGCUUGUUGACACCCUUCGCAUUCCUCCCGAAGCAAGGCGAGAACAUCCUGAUCACAUGGGUGGGCUCAUUCGUCUCGAUCCUCAUCGCUUGCGCCUUGUCGUCUGUCUUUGCCUUCGAAUGGACCCAAGUGGCGAUUGGCUCGCUCGGUGCCACAGCCGUGCUGGUGUAUGGCGUUCCCGAAGGACCCCUAUCCCAACCUCGCGCACUCGUGGGCGGGCAUCUCUUGUCCGCUUUGACGGGAAGCAUAGUACGUCCCUUCCUAUCACAAGUUUCCUGGAUUAGGGAGCUAAGACCUGACCCCGAAAUCGACUCUCAUAGAUCGGUCUCCUCUUCUCCCUCUCUCUCCCAAAUGGUCGAAUGCCGACCUAGCCUCACGGAACGAGUUCUCAGGUCUCGUUUCCAUCGCAUUGGCUCUCACUGUUGCAACGAGUAUCUCAGUAAUGCAAUUGACCAAAACUGUGCAUCCACCAGGUGAGUUGGAAAGUUGAUGGCCGUGGACACAGCGAAUCACUGCUCAUGCUAAUGGAGCGGAAAACCUAUUUCCGGAUCGCUCGCUGGCAGGAGGUGCGACAGCUCGUAAGUCCCACCGGUACGCGCUUCAUUCUUGAGUCCUUCUCAUCGGACAUCAUCUCCUUUUUGAUUCGUUAGUCAUAGCCGUCACACAACCCAAGCGAUGGGCCUUUGUCCUGCUCAUCACCUCGACUGUCGCGCUGAUGGGUCUCUGGGGCAUGAUCAUCAACAAUCUCGGUCGAGGGAGACGAUACCCCGUUUAGUGAGUAGCGCAAUAUUCAUUUCUUCUUUGAGCGUCUCGAUAUUGACCCUGUCAGCUAUCGUUUUUUCAAGUUGGUGGGCUCCAGCCACAACAAGUACCGCACCUCCUUUGGUCGACAUGGGCACGAGUAAAACGGAUGAAACCGAACUCAAGGAAACACUUCCAACGGGGAUAAGUAUAGAGGAUGAUGAGGGAGGGGCCCGUUGGUUGGGCUCGGUGGGCGAAGAGCUGGAGAGUGAAGGGGAUGAGGAAGUCACGAGGGGGAGGAGCUCGACGGCUAGGAGGGGUUGA